AUGGCAAAUACAACUAACGAUCCAAAAACAAGAAGUGAAGCCUAUUCUUUAGUAAUAAAUGAAUUAAAUAGCUAUGAAUAUGUAUUAAGUUUAGUGAUCUGGUAUGAAAUUCUAUCAGAAGUCAAUAUUGUAAGUAAGAGCUUGCAAAGCAUAAAUAUGCAUCUGGAUGUAUCCACUAAUUUGCUAAAUGGACUACUAAAAUUUUUUGAACAAUAUCGUACUACAGGAUUUGAUUCAGCUAAAAUAACAGCCAACACAAUUUCAGAGGACUUAGAUAUCGAGAUAGAAUUUAAAAAAACCCGUAAAAGAGUCAAAAAGUCACAUUUCAGUUAUGAAGGACCUGACGAUUUAAUUGAAGAUGCUGAACUUAAGUUCAAAUAUGAUUUUUUUCUUUUAGUUAUUGACCAAGCAAUUAAUUCAAUGAAUGAACGAUUUCAUCAAUUCAAAACAUUUAAUAAUAAUUUUGGAUUUUUGUAUAAAAUUGAGCAGUUAAAACACAUGAAUAAUGAAGAUUUAAUGAUACAUUGUAAAGAUCUUCAAAUUACUCUGUCUGACGGUGAUUCUAAGGAUAUUGAUGGAGUUGAAUUAUAUGAAGAAUUAAUUAUUUUGAGAAAUAUUAUUCAUGAUACUAAUACGGCGUUACAAAUUUUAUCAUUGUUGAAAAAAAUGAUGGGUUCAUUUCCAAAUACUUGUAUUGCAUUAAGAAUUAUCUUAACAAUACCUGUAACGUCAGCCACUGCCGAAAGGAGUUUUUCAAAACUGAAAAUAAUAAAAAAUUAUUUGAGAAAUACCAUUUCGCAAGAUAAGAUGUCAAAGUUAGCAUUGAUUUCAAUUGAAAAUAAAAUAUCAGAGUCUCUCGAUUACAACGAUAUUAUUGAAAUAUUCGCUUCACAAAGAUCGAGAAAAAAAACUUUUUAA